AUGGAAGACGGCCCGCAGAUGCUCCCGCCGCAGCCCGCGGAUCCGAUUUCCCGACCGAGUUCGACGUCGACGUCGGCAUCCGCGACACUUCCACAGCUGCCUGGCAUCGCAGCCCUGGCCGCCAGCAAUGCCAUGUUAGAAUCCCCACAGCCAAGGGCAACGGCGGCGCCGCAAGCGCCUUCCCAUACCGGCCACUCCCCCGCCGCGACCAGCGGGGGCGGGGGCAGCAACCUCCCUACGUGCCAGAACUGCACCACGUCGACAACGCCCUUGUGGCGUCGCGACGAGUUUGGCGCUGUCCUGUGCAACGCCUGCGGCCUGUUUCUCAAGCUGCAUGGCCGACCACGCCCAAUCUCUCUAAAAACCGACGUCAUCAAGAGCCGCAAUCGCGUCAAGACAAUGCGCCCGGAUCUGGCGCCCAAGAAGAAGCAGCAGCAGCAGCAGCAGCAGCAACAACAACAGGUCCACAACUUCCCUCUCCCAAUCGACGCGAACAGUGCUGAGAUCUGCGCCCAGAAUGCCGCUGCCGCUGCCCAAGCCAUACAGAGAGCAGCACAAAAGCCGGCCAACGGAAAUCAUGAAGGCUCGGACUCCCCCAUCUCCCGUACUGGGACCCCUUCCAUGUACAAUCAAGGGCUACCAUCAUUCAUGGUUGAUGACCCGUACCAAACCGGUUUCAACGCAGCCGCCGGGCCGGACGGUAGCGCCGGCUCGCCCAUGAACGGCGACCGCACGCUGGACACGCCACAAACGCACGAACAGCUGAUUGCACACAACUCGAGCCUCAAGACCAGAGUCAGCGAGUUGGAAGUGAUCAACGAACUCUUCCGAGGUCGGCUGAGUCAGUUGGAGCAGCAAGAAGCAGCCGCGCGCCAUGGUCAGGAAGUCGCGGGCGUGGAGCAGACGCAGCUGAGGACCGAACUGGAAAUCUACAGAGAGAGCGAAGCACAGCUCCGGACGCAACUCGAAGACAGCCAUCGACGCGAGAACAUUCUGAAACGCCGACUCGACGAGUUGGAGCUGGAGCUGAACGAGGCCAAAGAGGCCUUGGAAGCGCCGCACGACCGGCCAGCCAAGAAGCCCCGGGUGGAAGCAGAUGCGACGGCUGCCGGGGAGGAGCUAGAACCGGAGCUCGAAACUUAUCAGGAACCGGAGCCGGAGCCGGAGCAGGAGCUUCAGCCUCAGCUUCAGCCCGAGUCUGAGCUUCACCCUGAGCCCGAGCAGGAGCGAGCCAGCACACCGGCCUCGGCGGCUGGAACGGCUAGCCAUUGA